AUGGCUCCCUUGAUGCCUCAGACGCCUCAUAAGGAUGACCUUGGUGAAACAUGGACAUUCUUAGAGAAGGGCAUCGACAGUGUGAUGCUGAAGUUGGAGGAAGGUGUGGAUAUGAAGACUUACAUGGCCUUGUACACGGCGGUUCACAACUUCUGCACAUCUCAAAAAGCAGUCAGUAAUGGCCAGGGUUUACAAGCGCACCGCGGUGCACACUUGUUGGGAGAGGAACUAUACAAGCUGCUUGGAGAAUACCUUACACGUCAUCUCGAUUCCGUGUACAAAGAGUCGGAGAGUCAUGCCGAGGAAGCCUUGUUGGGUUUCUACAUCCGCGAGUGGGCCCGCUACACAACCGCUGCCAAGUACGUCAACCAUCUCUUCAGAUAUCUUAACCGCCAUUGGGUCAAGCGGGAGAUUGAUGAAGGCAAAAAGAAUGUAUACGAUGUAUACACUCUGCACCUGGUCAAAUGGAAGGACGACUUUUUCAUGAAGGUUCAUGAGAAGGUUAUGGAUGCGGUUUUGAACUUGAUCGAGAAGCAGAGAAAUGGUGAAACAAUUGAGCAAUCACAGAUCAAGAGUAUUGUCGAUUCAUUCGUCUCCCUUGGUUUGGACGAAAACGAUAGUACCAAAUCGACACUCGAGGUCUACCGGUUCUACUUCGAAAAGCCAUUCAUUGCCGCCACCAGAAUCUAUUAUGAAAAUGAAUCGCGGCAGUUUGUUGCGGAGAACAGUGUGGUCGAAUACAUGAAGAAGGCAGAGGCCCGUCUCGAUGAAGAGAAGGCCCGCGUGGGCCUGUACUUGCACCCAGACAUUACCAAACGUCUUACCGAUACUUGCUUGGAUGUGCUCGUUACCGCUCACUCAGAACUGCUCCGGGAUGAAUUCCAGGUACUGCUGGACAAUGAACGCCAAGAAGAUCUUGCACGGAUGUACCGACUCUUGUCACGGAUCAAGGAUGGCUUGGAUCCUUUGCGAACCAAGUUCGAGACCCAUGUCCGGAAGGCCGGUCUGGCUGCAGUCGAGAAGGUCGCUGCGGGUGGGGAAUCCUUCGAACCUAAAAUGUACGUCGACGCACUGUUGCAAGUACACACUAGGUACCAGAGCCUGGUCAAUGAGGCAUUCAACGGAGAAUCCGAGUUUGUCAGGUCACUGGACAACGCUUGCCGAGAGUUUGUGAACCGAAACAAGGUUUGCAAGGCUAGUUCGACUAAGUCUCCCGAGCUGCUGGCUCGGUACACCGAUUCUCUGCUCAAGAAGGGAUCGAAGGCUACGGAGGAAUCCGAAUUGGAAGAGCUGUUGGUGCAGAUUAUGACUGUAUUCAAGUAUAUCGAAGACAAGGAUGUCUUCCAAAAGUUCUAUUCUAAGAUGCUUGCCAAGCGGUUGGUGCACGUCAGCUCGGUGUCCGAUGACGCAGAAACUAGCAUGAUCAGCAAGCUUAAAGAGGCAUGUGGUUUCGAGUAUACCAACAAACUUCAGCGCAUGUUCCAGGACAUCCAGAUCUCUAAGGAUCUCAACACCAGCUAUAAAGACUGGCAAGAGAAGGUUCUUGAUGAUGAUGAUCGGAGGAAGCUGGUUGACUCACAUUUCCAAGUUCUGGGAACUGGAUUCUGGCCUCUUAACCCGCCCUCUACUGACUUCCUUGCGCCGCCGGAGAUCGUCAAGACUUCGGAGCGUUUCCAAAGUUUCUACUUUGACAAGCAUAGUGGUCGGAAGCUCACUUGGCUCUGGCAGCUCUGCAAGGGUGAAGUUAAGGCCAACUACAUCAAAAACACCAAGGUGCCAUAUACUUUCCAGGUUUCGACCUUCCAGAUGGGUAUCCUCCUGCUCUUCAAUGAGAAUGACUCCCAGACCUACGAAGACAUCCAAAAGGCCACUUCACUGGCCCCCGAAAUUCUCGAGCCUAACCUUAGUAUCUUCUUGAAGGCCAAGGUCCUUACCAUCAGUCCAGAGGGAGCCAAGCCGGAGCCUGGGACGACCUUCAAUUUGAACUACGGCUUUAAAAACAAGAAAAUCAAAGUUAACCUUAACAUUCAAAUCAAGUCGGAGCAAAAGGCCGAUGCUGAUGUUACGCACAAGACGGUCGAGGAGGACCGAAAACUUCUGCUUCAGUCCGCCAUUGUGCGUAUCAUGAAGUCACGGAAGAAGAUGAAGCAUGUGCAGCUCGUCCAGGAAGUUAUCCAACAAGUCAAGUCUCGAUUCCCUCCCAAGGUCCCUGAUAUCAAGAAGAACAUCGAGGCUCUCAUGGAGAAGGACUACAUAGAACGUGCGGAUGGCGAUGAAAUCUCGUAUAUGGCCUGA